UUAGUUGCAUAAAUGUGUAUAUAUACUUGUAUUAUAGCUACUUUAAGAAGGCCUACUUGGACCGAAAUUUUUUUCAGCCUUGUAUUCAACAUCAACAUUAUGACUUUUGAACUGAAUUUCAUGAAAUGAGUAGGCCUUGAAACAAAGUUCGAAAUAUUUGGUAUAAAAGAGGGUUUCUGUUCCUCCGAGAAUCAGUUUCUGCCUGCCUUCAAGGCAAAGAGGUUCUCACUUUAAUCGUUUUAUUUAAUUUUGUUUUUUAUUAUUUUCCCUUUGAUUUCUUGAGUAAUAAAGGAAAUCUUUUGCGCUUUCAAAUAAUUUCAUGCUGAAUUCUUCCUACUGAUUUUUUUAUAUUUUAUUUUAUUUUAUUUACAAUUCAUGCAUUUGAUCAGUUCCACUGCAGUGGGAAAAAAAGAAACUGCAGAUGAGAUACGACGGCUGCUGUUACUCGAAAACUACAAUACAGUCUUCGAGUAACAGCAGUCAGUCGAAUCUCUUCUCCGGUUUCUUCUUUUUUUUUGUUGCAGUGGAACCUAAUUCCCUCACGCUUUGGCUUCUCGUGGUUCUUAUUUUAAUUUUAAAGUUUAUUUUUGAAUAACUAUUUUUUACUUUUUUUUUUAUUUCAAUGGACUAUAAUUACCUCGGGCUUUGGUAUACUUUAGAACGUUAUUUAAUUUUUCCACCUAUUUUAUUUUUGAUUUAUUCGUUUUUUUAUUUAGAGCGCAGUGGGCUCUACUUACGACGCAUAUGAUGCUCUGGUUUAAUUAUUUUAUCAAUAUUUUUAUUAUAAGCUUUAAUGGCAAAUGUGAUAGUAGGAAUUAAUGAUAAUUCCUUGUUAACUUUGUUUUUAAUUUUUAUUAUACACGUCCUUGUGUCCUUUACUUAAUCUUAUUAAUUUAAUUUUUUAAUUUAUAGUCAUUUUUUUUCAACAUUCUAUUCUUUUCGGUAAAAUGCAAUUGUCUCUUAUGGCUUUAAAAAAACCGUUUCGUUUUAUUAUUUCUUUAUUCUAAAAUAUUUUAUAUUUUUCUGCUCAAGGAGCAGAUGCUUCAAGAUGAGGUAUUCUGGGGACUAAUCUACCAAGUCGGAGGGCAAGUCCACAGAAUCUAUGGUGGAGGCAGAGCACCUGAUGUCAUCUGGUGGAGAUUCCCUGAUCGCCACACUGCCUCGAUAUGUCUGAUUGGUCCAAUUCCAGGAGGACGGAGGUGUCUUUGAGCAGAAAUUCGUCCAGUUGGGUGGCCUCCUCCAGGAUAACGGCCAUCACACCGAAGGGCGCCGAAAAUACAGGCGCUGAGCUGGCGGAAGGGAGCUGCCAAGGUGUGCAGCUGCAUCCUGGCCAGGGAGGGACUCGUCCACCUCUAUACCAAGCGCUGCAGCUGGAGGAGCAGGCGCAGCUGGCCAUGCCAGUGGUUGGCAUCGAAAUUAAGGGUUUUCUGGAGCUGCUUGGGGAGGAAAGUUUAAAUUUCUUGCAGGCCCUUCAGUUCCACCACAAUGCCCCUGAACUCGGCCAGAGCUUGCUCCUGGCUGACAAAGUUGGCCACCAUCAGGGCGGCUCUCUCGCGGGUCUUCAGGUCAUGGAAGCGGCAGAUCUUUAGCGGGAAAGGAACAAACUCGCCCAGCUGGAAGGAAGUGCACAAAAGGAUAUAUCAGACGAAUGGAAAUGAAUCUUUAAAGGGAGUACUAGGUUAUACAACAAUUUAGAUGUCCUUUAGCCUAAGCUCUAUGCUAUUAUAACCAAAAGAAUAAAUGUUCCCAUAAGUCUUAAAUGAAGUUUAUUUUUUUCUGGUAAAGAUGUACUUGACCAUCAUCUCUCCAGGGAGAGAGUCUAGCUACAACAUCGAAGAUCUUAAGAUAAAUAUAAUUUAAGGAUUUAGCAUGGUCGCUGAUAUAAAUAGGCUAGUAUAUAAGCUAGUAAAUUUCAAGAUUGAAUAAAUAUUAAUGUUGAUUGGAGAGAGAUACAUAUUCAUUAGAUGGGAGUGGUGCCGUCUUCUAGGUCAGUGUCAAUGGAUAAUUCUUUAUAACACUUUUAACAAAAGGAAGGUAGUUCUUUCCUAAAAAUAAAAUCAUGCGCAUCAUGUCGAAUCUUAACGUUAUCUUGAGAAGAAAUAGUAUAAUUUUCAAGAGAUGUCUUUGAUUGAAACUCUUGUAUUGUUCUGAUGGCUUGUUCCAUAUUUUCAUGUGAUGGGACCUUAAUAUAUUUUUGAUCUAAUUGAAAUAGCCUUCGUGGUUUUUGUUUAUUUUAAAGAAUUUGUGUGAGUUACAUACAUAUUUGCUUCUUAGUGGAGACUGUUAUUUCUGCAAUAUCGCCUUGA